CGCCGCGCGCUAUGGCGCUCGUCGGGCUCCCUGUUUUCGUCUCCCGAUCCUUCUUCUUCUCCCCUGCGAAGGGCGACGUCUUCCUCGAUCUCCCCUUCGGCGGAUGGAAGCGUCCGCCGCGUCCCGCUAUCAAGGUAUGUUUUGUUCAUUGGUGUUUUAAGCAAUGGAACGAAGCUCCAUGUUGAUAUGGUCUUGAUAUGGUUGCUGUCAUCGUUGAAAAAGCCAUUAUGCAGGGAUUGCUCCUGUUCCUUGGAAGGCAGGAAGAGCUCCCCAGCGCUCUCUGCGGUUCAGAUUGGCCGGUUCAAGGACGGAAAAGACCGGGCCGGUAUUGGAGUACGGAAGGUGGCCACCAUCCGAAGCCGCAGCUCCCCCUCCUUCUCAUCCUAGCCGUCCCUCUCUACUAUUUAAACCCUUCUCUCCGCCCUCGUUCCCCAUUUCAUCCCCUCUUCCGGCCGUCUUUAGCGGCUUAUCGUCAGCUUGCAGCCAUGGCGAAACCAGAUAAGCUGAAGAACAAGGGGCCCGCGGCUGCCUCCACCGGCCCCUCGAAAAAGAUUAAGAAGAAAAAUAAAGGGAAAAAGAUCAAGGGUACCGCUGCGGCUGAUUUGGCUGAUGCCGGGGCCUCGACCUCGACCGCCGCUCCGGCAGCUGAGAAUGUGAAGGCUGAGGACAAGAAGAAGUCUGACGGGGAGAAGAGGAAGGAGAAUGCGGAAAGACGGUCGGGCUUCAUCUUCAUGUGCAGCGGAAAGACAAAGCCGGAGUGCUACAGCUACAGGGUGUUCGGGCUGCCCAAGGGGAAGAUAGAGUUGGUGGAGAAGAUCCAGCCUGGAACAAGACUGUUCCUCUACGAUUUCGACCUCAAGCUUCUCUACGGGAUCUACAAGGCAACCACCAAGGGAGGGAUGAACCUCGAGCGACAAGCUUUUAGAGGGGGUUUCCCGGCACAGGUAAAAUUCAAGAUUGAUAAGGAUUGCCUACCUCUACCUGAAACCGUUUUUAAACAUGCUAUACAAGAAAACUACAACUCCCGGGGCAAGUUUACUCCAGAGCUCAAUUCAAAACAGGUCCGUAAAUUGAUGUCGUUGUUCCGUCCCAUCGAUUUACCACCUCAAGAAGCACCUCCUUCCCAGUAUGCCGAGGAUCGGCACCCUGCACCUGCUGCCCGGUAUGUUGAGGAUCGGCAGCCCCCACCUCCUUCCCGGUAUGUUGAAGAUUGGCAGGCCCCACCUCCUGCCCGGUAUGUUGAGGAUCGGCUUCCACGGCCUGCUGUUAAUUUGGCCCCUCUGGAGGAUGCUUAUAGAACAGUGGCACGUGUUCCACAGACUCGGUACAUUCAACAAGCGCCCCCUCCUGGAAAUGAUCCAUAUGCACAUUAUGCACGAGCAAUACCUGGAGUUGAAGCUCGACAUGUUCCAGCCACUGUUCUGCCUCAUUAUGAUCCGUAUUAUCCGACACUUUCAAAUGAUCCUUAUUAUCCAGUGCCUCCACGUGAUCCAUAUCAAGUGGAGACUCUGCGAGCUUACCAUCCUGAAAAUCCUAUUCCACCCGAGCGACUUAGUUACAGGGUGGUGCCUGAGAUGAUACCAAGGGAUCCACUUCCUGCUCCAGCUAGGGAAUACCGAACCCUUGCGGGGAGGGAAGCUGAGAUGGUUUCCCUUGCAGAUCAUGCGGGUGAGCUUUACUACCCGGAGCAAGGUGUCCCUCGUGCUGCUGUAGAUGUACCCCCCCAGCCAAGCCCUUGGGCAUCAAGCUAUGAGGAUCCAAACCGAGCAUAUGUUGAUAGUCUUCAGAGGCCAGUCACUAGCAGAGCUAAUGUGGCAAACAUGCCCGUUUCGUCUCUCUAUUCAUUUGCUGGUGCUUCUACAUAUCGCACCAAUGAGUAUUUGGGUCGGUACCCAGCUUCAAAGAUAUUUAGUGUCACAGUUCGGAUGGGAAAUUGCUGCGCCGGGGACGUCCGCGGCGGGCAGCAGGCCGUUGGCGGCGGGAUGGGAGGCGCCGCCUCUGGUACGCCCGGAGGGUUCAAGAACGCCGACGUCAGCGAGGCCGUCGACCAUUUCCUCAAGUCCCGCGGCCUUGGCGGCCUGCACUCCCAGAUCGAGCUGUCGCUAUCUGCUUCAAACUUGCGUGAUCGAGAUGUGCUUUCAAAGAGCGACCCCAUGGCUGUUAUUUAUGCAAAAAGGAGGGAUGGACAACUUGAAGAGAUUGGUCGCACUGAAGUAGUAUUAAAUUCAUUGAAUCCUGUGUGGAUUGCAAAGAUUACUGUUAUUUACCAAUUUGAGGUUGUGCAGCCCUUGGUGUUCCAGGUAUAUGAUGUUGACUCACAGUUCCAUAAUGUACCAGAGAAGAUGCUUAAACUAGAGGAGCAACAAUUUCUUGGAGAAGCUAGCUGCCUUCUGUCUGAGGUACUUACCAAGAAUACCAGAUCUUUGACUCUAAAUCUUGUCCAUAGAGAUGGAGGAGCACAUCCUAGAAAGUUAAGUGAGCUCACCGUCCGUGCUGAAGAGUGUGUUGGUUCAAAAACAAUCAUAGAGAUGGUGUUCCGCUGUUCAGAUCUGGAAAACAAGGACCUUUUUUCUAAAAGUGAUCCUUUCUUAUUGAUUUCCAGAGCAGCUGAAAGUGGGGUACCUAUUCCAGUUUGCAAGACUGAAGUGAGAAAGAAUGAUCUGAAUCCAACAUGGAAGCCGGUGAUUCUUAAUAUUCAGCAAAUUGGAAGCAAAGAAAACCCUCUGACUAUAGAGUGUUUUAACUUCAAUGGCAGUGGCAAACAUGAUUUGAUUGGCAAAGUUGUGAAAUCACUGGCAGAAUUGGAAAUGCUUCACCAUGAUCUGCGUGGUGAGAAUUUCUUUGUACCUACUGUUGUUGGGCAUGAUCAUCACAAUAAGGUAUUGAAGGCACAGAUAUUUGUGGAGAAGUUUUCUGAAAGCAAGAGGCAGACUUUCUUGGAUUACAUUGCUGGUGGAUGUGAACUGAAUUUCAUGGUUGCUAUAGACUUCACAGCUUCAAAUGGAAAUCCCCGUCUUCCAGAUUCCUUGCAUUACAUUGACCCCUCAGGUCGGCCGAAUGCGUAUCAAAGAGCAAUAUUAGAAGUUGGGGAGGUCUUGCAGUUUUAUGACUCAGAUAAGCGUUUUCCUGCUUGGGGUUUUGGAGCAAGGCCAAUUGACGGCCCUGUCUCUCACUGCUUUAACUUGAAUGGAAGCACUUCCCACCCUGAGGUUGAUGGAAUCCAAGGUAUUAUGUCAGCUUAUAUGAGUGCUCUUCAUAAUGUAUCACUGGCAGGCCCUACCCUUUUUGGGCCAGUGAUUAAUACUUCUGCACUGAUUGCCAGCCAGUCGCUAGUCAACAAUCAACAGAAGUACUUUGUUUUGCUAAUAAUCACGGAUGGUGUGAUAACAGAUCUCCAGGAAACCAAAGAUGCUGUGGUGAAGGCAUCUGAUCUUCCAUUAUCAAUUCUCAUUGUUGGGGUUGGUGGGGCUGACUUUAAAGAAAUGGAGGUCUUAGAUGCAGACAAAGGAGAGAGGCUAGAGAGCUCUACGGGACGAGUUGCAACACGAGACAUAGUGCAGUUUGUUCCAAUGCGGGAUGUGCACGGUGGUGAGAUAUCAGUGGUUCAGUCACUUCUUGCGGAGUUGCCUGGACAAUUUAUGAGUUAUAUGCAGACUAGAAAUAUUCAGCCACUUUGCUAAUACAUUUUGCCACAUGUAUCUGUAAUUCGGUUUUUGUUGCUUCUUUGUGCUAUCUUUUGCCCUCAGGCCAGUUUGUUGUUUGUCAGGCCUCUGCAUCUUCAUACUUUUUUUUCUUCUUUUUUUUCAUAUUCUGUGCACAGUCCAGGAGGAGGGGGGACCACGGAAUUAUACUGCAUGAUACCAAGAUUUACAAAAAGAUUGAUCAUGAUUCCCUUUUACUAGAGUUGCAUUAUGUAUGCAUAUUAAAUCACUUCUCCAUGUUCCAUUAUUCUCUUAGACUCCAGAAUAUAAGAUAUGAACAAUUGUAAAACAAUGUAGAACAUAGCAUGGGCUAUCUAUUUGCCCCAAGGUGGCUCUAUGUUAUUGCACAAUCUCAUACAAGAUUGAGGUCCAUUUACUUG